UUUCUCCCCUCCGCAGGCUCCUCGCGGUUCGCCGCGGCGGUGACCCAGCACGCCCCGUCCUUCAAGGGAACGGCCGUGGUUAACGGAGAGUUCAAGGAGCUGAGCCUAAAUGAUUUCAAGGGGAAAUACCUGGUUCUCUUCUUCUACCCCCUGGACUUCACCUUUGUCUGCCCCACUGAAAUUGUGGCUUUCAGCAACAAAGCAAAUGAAUUUCGUGACGUGAACUGUGAAGUGGUGGCUGUUUCAGUGGACUCUCAUUUUACUCAUCUGGCCUGGAUAAACACACCACGGAAGGUACGAAUCAAGUAUCUUUUUAGGGCUUUCUCUGUUGGUUUGGUUUAUUUUCACAAGAGUCCAGAGAAGAAGAGUUGAAUAAAUAAUUAUGCC